GAGUUAAAUAUAGCUCAAACUAACAGUCUUGCAAUGAGGAAGAGUUCUAUUACUAAGAAGGUGUCUACCUUUAUAUUAGAUGGUAAUUGCUGCAAUGUACCAUUCUCGUACAUGGCACAAGCAAAGAAUAUCGCUAUGUUGUCGUCGACCUUCCUGCUUUUUCUGUUAGUGUCUCCCGUGAUCGGCUAUACCUGCGAGAAAACAGCCAAAAUUUGCGAAACCUCUCUCAGUAUUGGGCACUACUUAACGAUGUUUAACCGCGACACACUUGCAGUGUACCCCAAAAAAGGCAAGCUCUACAAGUACGACGUGACCAACACAUCAAAUGCAGAUCCUGUGCCCAAGGAGGACAUUAUUUCAGGGGAUGGUUGGGAGGUUAGAAAACUUCUGGUUGUCGCCAAUCAAAGUCUUCCCGGACCAGACAUCAUCGUUUACGAGGGACAGACAGUGAUCAUUCACGUGAAAAAUCACUUACAUUCUGACACAGUGACGGUCCACUGGCAUGGUCUUCACCAGUCGGGAACUCCCUUCAUGGACGGAGUCCCCUUUGUAUCUCAGUGUCCCAUCGAAUCGGGACAAACGUUUACAUACAAAUUUAAGGCGUACCCUCCUGGUACAUUUUGGUAUCAUUCCCACGUAGGCUCCCAACGAGUUGACGGACUACUAGGAGCUUUUGUCGUACGUAAAAACGAACCCGAUCCUCUUCCAGAACACAUCAUGCAAAUCCAAGACUGGAAUCACGACUGGGGAGGGGAUAUGGGAUACCAACUAAUGGUCAACAAAAUAAUCGAAAAUAGAACAAAAUACACCCCUUCUCAAUCUUUAGACGGUAGCUUCUUCAGUCUUUUUAAAGCUCAAUCCGGACUCAUUAACGGGAGGGGCCGCUUUUACUCCGAUCUUGAGAGCGGAACUCACAACGAAGCUCCUUUAGAAGUUUUUAACGUAAAACAAAAUACCUCUUACCGAUUCCGUGUCAUCAAUGUAGGUGCUCUUUUUCCAUUUAGAGUUUCAGUAGACAAUCACAUGUUAAGUGUUAUAGAAUCGGAUGGAUACCCCAUUCGACCAACUCUUGUUGAAUCAUUCGUCAUAAAUCCAGGAGAGAGGUUCGAUUUUGUUAUAAAUGCAAAUCAAUCUAUUGGAAACUACUGGAUUCGCGGGAAAACAUUAGAGGUGACUCCCAGAAAUACGAUAGCAGAGGCAAUCUUACGAUACGAGGGUGCACCUGAUGUGGAACCAACAACUGCUCGAAAAGUGUGCACUGAACAAGAUAAAUGUGUUGUCAUUAAUUGUCCAUUUACUUAUUUCCCAAAGAAUGAGUUCACAGAGUGUAUCCGAUUUGAUCAACUUCGUUCGUCAGCAUCCAACGAUCCUGCGCCACCAGUGGUCGAUGGAAAAUUUAAAGAAUAUUUCCUUAAUUACGCAUUUCCAGGAGUAACUAGCUUUCCAAGCUCAGUCAAUGGUAUAGCAAUGGAAUUUCCCCCAGUUUCUGGAGUAUCCCAGCCACAACAAAUAACGACAGGUUGCAAACACGUUCACUGCGAAGAUCAGAAGCACUGUAAAUGUACGAACGCCCUUUCUCUUGAUCACGGCGACACAGUUCAAAUGGUGUUGCUGAAUAUGGGCGUUGGGCGUGGAUGGGCUCAUCCGGUACAUAUGCAUGGUCAUUCAUUCUAUGUUCUUAAAAUGGGAUAUGCAGAAUACAACGAAACCACCGGUAAAUUUAUAGCUCAAAAUUCAGACAUUGAUUGUAGGGGCGGGGUCCCUAUUCAGAAAUCUUUUUGUAACAAUGCAUCAUGGUCAAACCAGACCUGGCUGAAUGGAAAUGUGCCUGGUUUGGAACUACAAAACCCGCCGCGAAAAGAUACACUUAUAAUUCCUAGCGGUGGUUAUGCUGUGAUAAGAAUCAGGGCAGAUAAUCCUGGCCUGUGGAUUAUGCACUGCCACAUUGAGCUUCAUGCCUCAGAUGGAAUGGCCAUGCUUCUUAACGAAUCCUUUUCUUAUCUUCCAAAGACCCCUAAACAUUUUCCAACUUGUGGAGACUUUAAAAUCGAAGACGAAGAAAAACUUUCUGUCAUUGCUGAUGUAAAAAUUCAUGAUACCAUGCCGAUGCAACAAUUUUAUAUAACUGUCGGGGUUAUGGUAGCUGUUAUCUUAAUUCAGCUUCUGAUCAUCAUCAUCAGCUUGCGUAAUUCACACCGGAAGUCGUCAUUAUUCAAGAUAGAUAAUACUCAUUCCUCCAAUGGAGAAACAAAUCAAGCAUUUAAACCAUAAAAGAAUUCAAGAAUUGUUUUUUAAUGGAGGAAUUAAAGCAGACAAAACCUAGACAUGCGAGGAGGGUCGUUUUAUACAGUUGAUAAAUAUAUAUGUCCAUCCCACAAGCAAGAACCAAUAUUUUUUUGUGAUAUGUACUGCAAAGUGUAAUUGUCCCUCAUUUAGAAAAUUAAUUACUUCAUAACUUGAAUCUCGACAACCGAGUAUAAGCAGAGAACAUGUAAAUCGUAUGACUCGAAAAGGGUUAAGUAUGCAAACUAACUAACUAACAAAAUACAAUAAAGAAUUUGGCCCUGAAUUUUCAUCAGGUCAAAUUUAAAAUAUGUUUUAACUCACAGUUGUUUGUGUUUUCAGUUACUUUGAUUUCAUUCAAACAUCAAGCUUUAACAUUUGCUCCUUGUAUUUUGUCCAAGUUAAUCUCAUCAAAACGUCAUCAUAUAUAUAUUAAUUUAUUUUUUAUGUAAUACUUGUAUUUACUUUUAUACGUUAAUAAAACAAUUUUUUAUUUCCACAUGUAGUGUUUAUUUUCAAG